GUAUCCCUUAAAUUUUAUGAGAAAGUGCAUUUUGUGUCAAUCUCAGUACAAUAACAAUAGUAGAGAGCAUCAAUAGCCAGUCUCCAAUAUAAAAUGCUUUUAUUUGCAGCAUUUUUAGCCAUCAAUGUAAGAAUAAUUGAUUCUGCUCCAAGUACACCUGAAAAUAUUACAUUAACCUUCAUCAAUCCAACAUCCGUAAAAGUAUCUUGGGAAACGUCUUCUCCGAUAAAUCAACAAAAACCGUUACCAGAUAAGUACGAUAUUACGUAUAGGCCAACAAGAGCAAAUUUCAGGAUUGUACAUAACGUCACUGGCAAUGUAAAAGAAGUCAUUAUAGAUAAAUUAGAUCCAGAUACUCAAUAUACGUUAACAGUGACUGCGAUUUACAAUAAAAAUAGGAGAUUCAAAAGUAAACCAAUUACUUUUAGGACACAAGAAAUGGGACCCGGAAAUGAUACGUACAAAGCCAAUAACAGUUUAUCACAAAAUCAAAGUAAAAACGAAACGACCACAAAAGAACUUCCAAUUAUUCGUGGUGUAGAAAUCGGAAUCGUCUUAUUAGUUCUUGUUGUUUGGGCGGGUGCAAUUGCUCUUUUUUUUAACCGAUGGGGCAAAAUUCGUAUGUUGUUGCCGUAUCAACCAGCAUACAAAUCGGAACAGCUAAAAGUGCCCGGAACAGGAGUAUGCACAGGACAGUGUAACGGUCAACAUUCGCAUCAGCAACAAAUACAUCCUCCGUGGCCCGAAGAUUCUGUGGUUGCUAUUGAGAAUCGUUGUAGUCGAGCACGCAUCAACAGCGCAAUUUUCGUGUCAUCUGAAGGACGUGGUUUUGAUUCUAUUGAGUUCAUUAGGCGUUAUGGAUCGCAAAGCGUUCUAUGUCGAAAAGCAAAGAGUGCAGAAAAUAUUAGCGAUGAAAAAAAGCGAAAAUCAUUUUCUAAGGAUUGGUCAUGCGAUGAACAUCAAAGUCCUCCAAUUGAGCUUCAUGAAUGCACAAUAAACGAAGCAACUGCGGAAAAUGUAGCAGAUAAUAGUAUUAAUAAACAGCAAUCCCUACCAUCGCAACAAAUGCCAUCAUCGCCAAUAUCAUCACAACCACAAUUAACAUUAUUUUCUCAACCAAGCACGAGUAAACUGCAACAACAACAAAAAAGACCUCCAAGACUUGGCCAAUUACCUGCGUUAUCUGUAUCUGGACCCUCACCGCCGCACGAAAAAGAACAGUUAUUGUAAUGAAGUGUUCUUCGUCAAUCAGAUAUUGCACUUUUAGGCCUUUAUUAGCUACUGAUCAUAAAUCGAUUAUCAAGCCUUUUAUUAAGUUAAAAAAUUUUUACGUACGUUACAAUUGCUCUAAUAUUUAAG